AUGCAACAGCUUGACGUAAAAAGAUGGUCGACGAUGCCGUCAAUCAUGGAAACAAAUGGCCAUGGCAAUUCUUUCCGUCAUCAGACUCAUGCCGCCGAGGCAGAAGACUACUAUAGACUGGAUGAUGCCCUCUCUCUAUUGUUUCCUUCGACAGUCUAUGUGCAGCGCUCACGUACAAUCUUCGGCCACAUUCAUUCGUUGCGGUUACUGAUCCUAUCGAACGGAGCACGUUUAUUGCUGAAGGGGUCUCCAUCGUCAAGAACCGCUCUUCUUCGCCGUGAGCGGUCGUUCCUCGAGACCGAAGCGCAAUUUCUCUCUCUUCUUGGCCAAAGCGCAAACCCUUGUAUACCUCAGCUCUAUCAUUAUGAUCCUCAUGGAAGACUUCUGGGUUCUGCCUACUUGGUCCGUCAGUACAUAAGAGGGAAAAGUCUUUCGGAGAUGGAAGGCGAGCUCACUACCCAGCAAAGAGACGGUAUCGAUCGCCAUUUGGGUUUUUUGGUGAGCACCAUUGGGCACAAUGCAGCUCCAGGGUUCGGGUCUUUACAGCAAGUGGCACUCGGCGCAGGAAGAUCCUCCUGGAGAGAAGUAUUCUGUACCCUGUGUGAAGGCGUACUUCGCGACGCCGAAGACAUGUUCAUCCACCUUCCUUACUCGGAGAUCCGACACGAGCUCAAUCGCUUGGCACCUGCGCUCGAAGAGGUCACGUUACCACGGCUUGUGGUGGUGGACUUUGGUCGACCCUCACAUGUCCUACUGAAUGAAGAGUCCAAACAACUAUCCGGGGUUGUGGACUUUAGCAGCGCCCUCUGGGGUGAUGUGUUGAUGGCAGAAAUAUUCGCAAGCCCAUCACCGGCGGUCUUGCAAGGAGCAGGGAUGCCGCUAACGAGAACAAGGGCGGAAAAGGUUCGGCUGGUCUUAUAUGCAUGCUACCGGCUGGUUUCCCAGAUCACCGUGCAGUACUAUCGAAACCGAGACGAGACGAGCGAAUUUGCUGCGCGGAGACGAUUGACGACCACAAUUGCGGAAAUGACGAGACUUGUACUAUGA